AUGACCAUGACUCAUCAUACAACAUCAAAGUUGAAAAUUCAUUUAAAUGGAGUCUUUUUCAGCCCCAUGCUGUUGGAGUAUGGCAAUAGGCCCAUAGGCAUGCCAUACGUGGAGCAGGUGGUCAUACAGAACCUGGACCCACACUCCAGCCUCCACCUACUUUCCAUCUCGGGCAGUAGUUCACACUUCCACUGUUCAUUCUUUGAAGAUAAGUUAGUCCCACCACUUGGUAACACAACAUUUGAAGUUUGUUUCCUAGCUAGAAAUCUUGGUCAAAUUAAGACAACACUCUACAUACACUCAUCUAGGGGCUCAUUUAAAUAUAAUGUGCACGGGACAGGUGUUGAGAAUCCAUACAGGAUAAGACCUUUCCUUGGAGCGCGGGUUCCUAUCAACAGUAGUUUCUCACCUCUCAUAUUUCUACACAAUCCACAUGACUCCAUACUCCAGGUUGAAGAGGUGUACAGCAGUGGUAGUGACCUCCACCUUGAACUUCCAUCGGGCGGGGAAAUCCCGCCAUACGAAACGAAGCCGAUAAUGAAGGCGAACUUCCUUGGCAGGGUGGAGAACAACCACACGGCCUUCAUACGAAUACGCACCAAUCGGGAAAGCUGGAAUGAGAUGCUCGUUGUACCUGUUGAAGUGGAAGUUACUUCAACUACUAGAGUGAAAAGUGAAUCAGACACAAUGGGCAACAUCGUCGUAUGGUCCAACGUCAACAACCACAACGGCAACAGGCUAACCAUUAGAUAUCAAGCACAGGUCUUCUUUGGUUCCUUAAUUUACAACGGGAGCAAGACAACGUUCUAUAGUUCGGACAUCGUGGCCAACACCAUCCGAGAAAACUUCACUUUCUACAACAGCUUCCAUGUUCCCAUAGUUGUCUACAACAUCUCUCUGCCCAAUAAUGCUUCUCACGUCUUCAAGAUCCAAAACCUUACCAUACCUUUCCUGAUACACGUAAACUCUUCUGCCAUUCUAUUCCAACUGGUCUUCAACAACUCACAACCUGACACAGACACCAAUAACAACAGCAACGACGACGACAACUACAUCAACUAUAAUGACAUCAACAACAGCAACAUCCAGGAUCGCAACGACGCCAGCAGCAAUCACGUCCUCAACAACAACAACAACAAUAACAGCAACAGACAUAAAAACAACAACAACAGAAUCAACAAGAUUGGCAACAUGCACAUACGUACACAUUUGCAACUACAUACAAAUCUCUCUACAUUCGUUAUACCUUUGUUCAUUUAUAAUGGCAAACUUAAGACCUUCACAUCAUCAUCAUCGUACUAUCAGAUGUUCGACAUCCAACCUUCUAUGUCAAGAUUUCCACAUGACAACACAGAAUCUGUCGGCAGCAGCGGCAGCGGCGGCAGCAGCAGCAGCGGCAGCAGCAGCAGCAACCACAACAUUGAUUCAGACAAUUAUAAAGUCAGUAAAGACGGUAAUGAUAGCGACAAUAAGUCCGAUAGAGGCUAUGACAAGAAUGAUGAUAACAGAGAUGGUAGUGGAAAUGAUGAUGAAAAAGAUGACGCCAGUAGGACGCGCGUCAUUGACAUGGGAAUGCUUGCAACCGGUGAAACCAGGACUGUCAACUUUACUUUGCUUAAUGAUAAUCCUAUUGAUAUAUUUUUGUCGAAUUUCUACACCAACUACCACAACGCGUCUGUCUUCAUAGUCGGUGAUCACCAUCGUUCGCGCGUGAACGAUGUUCAAUACUUUCAUCUGCAAUCUCAAGGUUAUGUUUUAAAGAGUGACCAUGUAGCUAUGUUCAUGAUUAACAUAACUGCUCCAUUCGAAGAACAAUCAUUAACAGCUGAGGUCUUCAUCCAAUCACAAUAUGAGGUACUGCGAAUACCAUUUACGUUAAGAACGGCCCACGGCAGUCUCACCAUACACCCGUCAGGACUCAAGUUUAUUGAUUGCUUUCCGGGCAAGUCAACAAUCUUAGAGCUGAAGGCUCGCAGCACCUUUCAAGAGGACAUGUACAUAUUGGAUGUCUCCAUACUGCCAAAUGACAAUAGGUUCACUUACAUUCCGUCUGCUGAUGACAAAACGCCGAUUGCCCGGUCGAAUAAAGACUCUGCAAUUGGUCUCUUGAAGUUCAGUCCACAAGAUGGCUGCCGUGAUGAAUGCUACUCAUCAUUUGGCACCAACUCCACAGUUGGCCAGAUGUGGAUGUCAGGUUUGUCCCUGGAUGAGGAUGUAUACAUUAAUGACUCAACCAUAUGCUCCACGCUGAUUGGCAGAUGGAUGGAUACCGAUGUCAGUGAUAGAACCAGAACUAAUCUGGUGAUGGUAAUGGCAGUAAUGUUAGAANCUGGUGAUUUCUGUUUUUUACUCAGUGUAAAUGUCACAAUGCAACUGAACACCAACCAAGUGCACGGCUUCCUCUUCNCAAUCCACGCCUAUCUUGGCUGGCCGACAAUCUUAGAGCAUCACUAUCAUAACUUCUAUCUAACGCAUAUUGGCAAAGUUGUGAAGCACAGAUUUGCAGUUGAAAACCCAACAGACCACCCAUUAAUUGUUGAGGUCGUCGAAAAUGAUCUCUACCCUAACUACCAGCAACUCCUUGCAAACAUCAACAGACUAAACAAUCUUUACAAAUACUUCCCGCCACAACUACAUCAGCAACAACCACAUCAGCAUCAGCAGCAGCAAGAGGAUGCGAAUGACAGCGAAAACAACAGCAGUCUCUUUAUAUCACCAUUCACCAUCACAAACAUCACAGAUAGUGCAACCAAUCAGACCGUCAAACUGGUUUACAGCGUCCUUGGUUACCGUUGUCACAGAGAUGCAAAAACUUUCAUCCUGAAGGCACGUGAACGCGCCUAUAUUGAUGUGGCGUUCCAUCCUAUGGAUGAUUUAGAAAGAAGUUAUUUAGUGUUUAUCAGAAAUAACUUGACUGGUCUCGAAAUAAUGACCUUGAAAGGUCGUGGAGGUCAAGGUGAGAUCCGAUUUAGUAACAGAAAGCCUGGUUCUUCCAAGCCAUUGGUCUUUGAGAUGAACGAGAAACAUUUUAGAAGCUGUGAUGACAAGCAAAAUGGAAAAGUCACGUCAUCAGAUUUUGCUGUAAGGAGGACAUUCACGUUACGAAACGUAGGCCAACUGCCACUACAUAUAAGGUCCUUCAAAAUAGCUGACCAGUUGUGCGAGGGCUAUGGCUUCAAAGUGUUUGACUGUCAUCCCAUCGAGCUUCUCCCCAAUGCCAGUCAUAAAGUUACCAUCUUCUACACUCCGGAUUUCACAAUGUCAAAAACCUUCCAGACCAUCAACAUGGAGACGAACACAAAAGUGCAAGUGAUGUACUUUCUGCAAUCCAUCAUUCCACCGCCCAUAAUGAGCAAGUGUGUCCUGGCCGUACCUCGCCCGCCCUGGGAACAGACUCUAUACUACUGCAUCGUCAUCAUCCUCUUCUUCCUCUUCAUUUUCGUCCUCCUUGCUGCGUUCAUUGACGCCAAACGAAUCUUCGAACUGGAAUCCGAGAUCCAAAAGAGAAAGUUAGAUUACCUAAAUGUGGGAUACGACAAAGGAAAGGUCUUUGACCUAAGGUUUAUUGGCAGUGACAUUUGCAGCAGUAAUGGCGGGACAGAUGCAGGAAGAAGCGGUGUUGUUAGUAGUGGGGUGUAUAAUCGGAAGCCCGGUGUCAAUGGAGGAAGUUCGUGGGUAGGCAAGGAUAAUCAUCAUUACCAACCGCAUCACCACCAUCAAUCCCAUCAUCAUCCAAGCAAUAACAACGGUCUCCUUUGCGAGGAUAAAUCUCAUCUAUCGUUAUCAUCAUCAACGUCGUCAUCAUCGUCGUCAUCAACGGCGAACGUGAGAUUGAGGACGUCAUCUCUUCAUCAUCGUCGCCGUUACCCGAGUGGAGCGGAUGAAAAGUUGCAGCAGCACAUCAGUGCAGGUGGACCGAGUGAAUCCUCAAAAUGGAGCUUCUCUUCCGCGUUCUGGCAGCUGGUCAACAACAUCACCAACAGCCUAACAAGAUUUAGUGGAGAUGAACAUGUUCGCCAUCCAAAUAAGAACAACAUUUCUAGAAAAUCUUCAACACUGCCACCGCCAUCCUUAUCUUCUACAACGACGACGACAACAACAACAACAGCGACAACCAUCUCUUCAACAACCGCAACGUCAAAAAUAAAUGCUCAAACAACAAUGUCAGUGUGCAGUCGAAGGCUAUCAAGUAAUCCAGCAGAUUUCAAUUCUUUCCUCAAUGGUAAUGCUAAAAAAUUGGGCAAAAAUAAGCACGAUAGCAUUGAGCAUUCUCGUGAGUCGUCGAAAGAUGAUGACGUCUUCAACAAUGAUGCUGCUUUAUCUCCAAAAAUUCCCAACAACGAAACGUCAUCCAGGAAAGUUGAAAAGAAUAAAAAGCAGAAAGGCAACAGUGCCUCAUCAUCCUCGAUCUUACUCCAGCAGUGCAACAAACCUGUGACAUCAACAGCAACAUCUGCAACAACCUCCUCAACAACACCAACAAUCUCUAACAGAGAUUUUCCUCUAACAGCAACAGCAUCAACAACUGCACAGCAGACAAGUAUCAGUGAUUCUGCUGCUAGUUCAUGUAGGACCAAAAAUGCCCCGCUAACUUCGAAAGCAAGUAAAAGCAAGGAUCUCAAAAAAUCAUCCUCUCUAUCUGUUUCCAUUGCCACAUCUCUCAUUAGUACCAUGGCUAACAUCAUUGCAUCCACGACCGCCACGUUCUCAACUUCACCCAGCAGCAGUACAGGUGCUACCACCGCCGCAACUUCAACGACAGCAGCAGCCAAAAGUGAUGCAACAUUCGACGGUUCUGACAGUACUGAGAACCACGCUGCAACUUCUGCCAAGUUCAAGAAACAACAUGCUAAUAAGGCUAAAAAGUCAUCUGAACAACAGCAACAACAAAAUAAUAAAAUGACAUCUGAUGCAGCACUUGGCACUACACCUGCUUCUACUACUACUGCUGCUACAACGGUUCCUAACUUUGAUACUUCUACAUUCACUUUUGGUACUAACUCAUCGGAUAACUCAUUGGAUUACCUGGCCUCACUUGCUAAGGACUAUCCCACUGCCGCCACACCCUCGACAUCCACCACUGUUACUUACACGUUUGCUAGCAGCAACUUCAUCAACAGCACAAAUGUCGCCAAAGGGAGAAAUAAGAAAACUCUUCUGAACGAGCCUAUUGAUAGCAACAACAUUAAAUUCCCUACUUAUGCCCCUAACAGUCCAUGUGGCAGUAACUUGGAAUCCUCUGCUAGCAAUACCAUCAACACAUCUCUUAACCACAGCUCUGUCACACCGAAAUCUUCCCUGAAUGAGAAGUUCAAUUUGAAAGCAGGGGUGAAACACUACCAGGACAAGCCACUAAGAAUGCCUACAAACGUACAGACACUUACUAAGAAGAAAGUUAAUACAGGUGUCCUCCGACCAUAUAUGGUACGCACCCCCUCACCACUCCCAACUUGGGACCCCCCGUCUUCUUCCUCUGAUAAGAUCAGUGGCGCUAAAAAAUUGGAUGUUCAUUGGCUUGGAUCAGACAAUGGAAUGAGUGAGAUCGUAGCACAGACCAAUAGUUUUGCUCAGGCCAGAAACAUCAUCAACAGCAACACCACCACCAACAGCGAACUGCACUACCAGCAACAGCAACAUUUGCCAGCAUCAUCCUUCAAGUCUGACACGACAUCAGCGAAGAUGGCGAAGUUGAAAGAUCAGGACAGUCAUGCACAGCAAGCACAACAACAGAUUCUCUAUUCAACUCACAGCCUGCAAAAUCAGUUAGAGCCAAGUCUAUCCAGUACCAACGUCAUCACCACAGCUAUCAUAAUCAACAACAGCAACAUUCCCGCUGUCAUUUCUUCUCCAUCUUCCUCUUCUUCAUCCUCAUCUUCCUCCUCGUCUUCUGCAUCUCGUCCGGUUGCCGCAGUUGGCGCCACAGUGAGACGCACAUGGAACCAAUCAACUCCGCCAGCGGUGAACCCAUUGACUGCUACCCACACAAGCAGCUGCCACGUCACCAACACAGCUGACAACAUCACCUCCUUGUCUCCCUUCAUAACCAGUGGCAGCAGUAGAUUCGUCUUCAAUGAUGCUUCUGAUAAUCAACUCUUCAGUAAUGCUGGAAUGAGAAGCUAUCUUCAGAACGAAGGUUUGUUGGAGGCGGCACAGCCAGCCAGCACAUUUGGUCCUCCCCUCGGACAGGCUACAUUGAUGCAGAAACUGCUGGCCAGUCGUAGAGAGAGGUUUCUGGACUAUCAAAGGAGUCUUAUGCUUUCUGAAGAAUGGCCUGGAUUUGGCAAGCAAGUUUCCAACCAACCCUGGAAUGAUUACUCGAGUUUGUGGGGCGUACAGGGCCUCUCUCAUUCUCCUCCGUCUCCCACCUACCAACCUGCCACAAGUACCAGCAAUUACAACAGUCUCAUGAGAUACAACAACCUGGAGAGUUGCUUCGAUUCUGGAAUUUGUAGUGGUGACGUUGGUGUCAUCGGCUCAGCAGGUACAAGCGGAAACGCCAGUGGUAGUAGCAGUGUUGGCAGUUCUGUUUUUGGAAUGGGUUCGCCAGCAGCCAGUGAGAAUGACGGCAACAGAGUUGUGAGCAGUAGUAUUGUUGGCGGCAGCCUAAGAAGCGAAGAUGGAGCAAGUUUGGGUAAUGGAAUUUCCGAUUGUUGGUUUCCGACAACUUCUCCCUCCCCAUCCAUCUGGGACACAAACUACGACACCGACACACUGCGCACUAGCUCCGAAAACAGCUCAACCUACUCGGUUUUUGAUCCAUUCAACACGUUGGAGAACAGUGGUAGCAUUUGGAACCCGACGAGCACAGGGAGCAGUUUGAACAAUGGAUGGGCACUGGGCAGUCUCUUUCCUGUCUGCUCGUCCACUUCAUCUCCACCAGCUUCCUCCGCUGUCGGAAGCAACAAGAAAAAUUAA